UAGUAGUAGUUUUUAUUUCUAUGUGUGCCGCGAUCUCAUCUAAUAUCAUUCACACUCUGAUUCCAAGGCCACACUCACUGCAUGCUUCUUCUGCUUCUCGAUCUCCUUGAUUUCACACCUUGUCGGCGCGCCCAUCGAUUUCCUUAUUGAAUUUCGCAGGGGUCGCAUUUGCAAGUUCGUUAAUUUUGUACUGAGGUUGUUUGAGUUGCUGAAGGUGAACAAUGGCUGCUUCGGAGGAGACUAGUCAGCUGUUCCCGAUAUUCAUACUGACAAUAAUGGCCAUCCCCAUAGUUCCGUAUACAAUAACGAAGCUGUGUCGUUUUGCCUCUAAGAAAUCAAAGAGCAUCCACUGUCAGUGCUCUGAAUGCUCGCGAUCAGGGAAGUACCGUAAAUCAAUAUUUCAGAGGAUUUCGAACGUCUCAACAUGGAGUAACUUUACAUUGUUACUGCUUUGGGUGGUUAUGAUUAUUCUGGUUUAUUACAUAAAGACUAUGAAUCGUGAGAUUGAAAUUUUCGAUCCAUUUAAUAUUCUUGGAUUAGAGCCUGGAGCACCAGAGUCUGAAAUAAAGAAAAAAUAUAGGAGACUUUCCGUUCAAUACCAUCCAGAUAAAAAUCCAGAUCCAGAGGCGCAUAAAUACUUUGUUGAGCACAUUGCUAAGGCUUAUCAAGCUCUGACAGAUCCAACAGCUCGUGAAAAUUAUGAAAAAUAUGGCCAUCCUGAUGGCAGGCAGGGAUUUCAAAUGGGUAUAGCUCUCCCUCAAUUCCUGCUAAAUAUUGAUGGGGCAUCUGGUGGAAUACUUCUAAUUUGGAUUGUUGGUGUGUGCAUUCUCUUGCCAUUGGUCGUGGCUGUUGUUUAUCUCUCCAGAUCGUCAAAGUAUUCCGGCAACUAUGUCAUGCAUCAAACACUUUCUACUUACUACUACCUCAUGAAGCCUUCUUUAGCCCCCAGCAAAGUCAUGGAUGUCUUUACAAAGGCUGCUGAAUACAUGGAAAUUCCAGUUCGUAGGACUGAUGAUGAACCUCUUCAGAAGCUUUUUAUGUUGGUGAGGAGCGAGUUGAAUCUUGACCUAAAAAACAUUAAGCAGGAGCAGGCUAAGUUUUGGAAGCAGCAUCCUGCACUGGUUAAGACUGAGCUGUUGGUUCAAACUCAGUUGACUCGUGAAUUUGCAGCUUUGUCUCCAUCUUUACAAAGUGAUUUCAGAAGAAUUUUAGAGACAGCACCUCGCCUUCUUGAAGAACUAAUGAAGAUGGCACUUCUACCACGCACUGCUCAAGGGCACGGGUGGCUGAGACCUGCAAUCGGUGUUGUUGAGCUUUCUCAAUGCAUCAUCCAGGCCGUUCCUCUCAGCGCUAGAAAGACUACUGGUGGAUCACCAGAAGGCAGUGCCCCAUUUCUUCAGCUGCCACAUAUUAGUGAGACUGUUAUUAAGAAAGUGGCCCGCAAGAAGGUGAGAACAUUUCAGGAACUUCAUGACAUGGACCCACAGGAACGAGCUGAGCUGCUUAUUCAAACAGGUGGUUUAUCUUCUGCUGAAGUGCAAGACAUUGAGGUGGUACUGGAUAUGAUGCCUUCCAUUACACUUGACGUAACUUGUGAGACUGAAGGUGAAGAGGGUAUGCAAGAGGGUGACAUUGUGACUUUACAUGCUUGGAUAAAUGUUAAGAGGGGUAAUGGCCUGAUCGGUGCCCUUCCGCAUGCCCCCUACUACCCAUUUCACAAGGAAGAGAAUUUCUGGUUUUUGCUUGCGGAUUCUGUUUCGAAUAAUGUGUGGUUUUUCCAGAAGGUUAGUUUCUUGGAUGAAGCUGCUGCUAUAACUGCUGCAUCUAAGGCAAUUGAGGAAUCUAAGGAGGGGUCAGGGGCAACUGUGAAGGAGACCAGCAAGGCAGUUGCAGAAGCAGUUGAGAAGGUGAAGGCGGGGUCUAGAUUGGUAAUGGGCAAGUUCCAGGCCCCAUCAGAGGGUAACUACAAUUUGACUUGCUAUUUAUUGUGUGACUCUUGGUUGGGUUGUGACAGAAGGACAAAUGUAAAGCUCAAAAUUGUGAAACGGACUCGGGCUGGCACCAGGGGGGCUGUUUUGGCUGACGAAGGACCUAUCAUGGAGGAUGGGGUUGAGGAGGACGAGGAUAAUGAGGAUGAAGAGUACGAUGAUGACUAUGAGAGUGAGUACAGUGAAGAUGAAGAAGAUGAUCAGAACUCAAAAAAUAAGCAUCAAGCUACCAAUGGCACUGCGAAAAAACAUGGUCAAGCUGCUGAAAGUUCAGGCUCGGAUGAAGAAUGACAAGUCUUUUUUGACGUGAUAAAACCAUUAUCUGAUCUUUUUCCUCUCUUGAAUGGCAGAAGAACUAUCAAUCGUAGAACUAGUCAUCUAUACUGUCCAUUUCAGUUUAUCAGUUGGAUUGCAUUGAUACUUGGGACUUUUGAUCUCAUCUUAGUUCCGCUGAUACCAUGAUUACAUUGUCAUCUUAUCUGAUAAUUUUGAAGUAUGGAAAAUGAGUAUAAGGAUUUAAUUUUGGGUGCCCACUAGGGUGGGCAAUUAUCA